CUCUUUAUAUAAACACAAGCAAAUUCAAUCUUUUGUGCACUACAAUUCUCUAGACCAUGGAGUACUAUGGCAAGAGAAGUCUCCAUAGCUACUUUGAUAAAGAAAAAAGAUCAUCAAUACAAUCCCCUCCUCGUCUCUCCUUCAACUCUCAUCUAAAAUUAUCGGAACACGAAUUUGAUCAUCUCUAUAGUCCUUCAAGGUCUUCUAAUGCUAGUGCAGCCACUAUGUAUUCUUUAGUGCCACCUCCUAGCCCUGAUUCUCCAUGGACGCUUUCCCCCUUGCAAACACCCUCACCAUCUCUCCUCUACCACUGCAUCGCGUCCCUUCAUCGCCACGAUGGCACCAUUUAUUCCAUCGCUGUUGCAAAAGGCAUUGUCCUUACUGGCUCGGAGAGUAGCCGGAUUCGUGCAUGGAGGCAACCGGAUUGUGUAGAGAGAGGGUACCUCAAGGCAAGUUGUGGUGAUGUUAGGGCCAUUUUAGUGUAUGGUAACAUGUUAUUCACAUCACACAAAGACCAUAAAGUUCGGAUAUGGAAUGUGACAGUGUCCGAUAAUUUUCGAGGCAAGAAAAUCACAACUCUACCUAAGUCCACUUAUUAUUCAUUUCUCAAAUUGCCUAGCUGGUCAAGUAGUACUGGCAAUAGUAAUCAGCACAAGGAUUGCAUUUCUUGCAUGGCAUAUUACCAUGCAGAAGGGCUUUUGUACACAGGAUCAUGGGACAAAACAAUGAAAGCAUGGAGAAUCUCCGAUAAUCGAUGUGUUGACUCAUUCUUGGCUCAUGAAGACAAUGUGAACUCAAUUGUUGUAAACCAAGAAGAUGGUUGUGUUUUCACAUGUUCAUCUGAUGGUUCAAUAAAAAUUUGGAGGAGAGUUUAUGGACAAAACUCUCAUACUCUUACAAUGACCCUAAAAUUCCAACCAUCACCGGUUAACGCAUUAGCCUUAAGUAGUAAUACUUCACUAACUUCUUGUUUUCUCUACUCUGGCUCUUCAGAUGGAUUCAUAAAUUUUUGGGAAAAGGAGAAGAGUUCCGGCAGGUUUAACCAUGGAGGGUUCUUGCAAGGGCAUAGGUUUUCGGUCCUAUGUUUGGUUGCAAUUGAGAAAUUGAUAUUUAGUGGAUCAGAGGAUACAACAAUUAGGGUCUGGAGGAGAGAAGAAGGGAGUUGUUUUCAUGAAUGUCUUGCAGUGUUAGAUGCUCAUAGAGGGCCAGUUAAGUGUUUGGCUGCAACUUUGGAGAUUGACAAAGUUGUAAUGGGAUUUUUGGUGUAUAGUUCUAGUUUGGACCAAACUUUUAAGGUUUGGAGAAUUAAGGUUUUGCCUGAGGAGAAGAAGACUGUUAAUAUUAUAUCCUCAGAGGAAAAUGUUGAGGAGCAUGGUGAAAUUAAUAAAAUGAAGAUGAGUACAGAAUAUGAGUUAAAUCCUGUUUUAUCUCCUUCCUGGGUAGAGAAGAAGCUACAAGGAAGCCAUCAUUUUCACUAAAUUUAAACAAAACUAUAAAAGUCUUUUAAUAAUUAUGACCAAAUUUGGGCAAAAAAAAUUAUGGCCAUUUGGCACUUCCCUUUCUUUUGUAUCACUUUAUAUAAGUACGGUAUUUGAUUGUGUGCCAAAAGA